AUGCAAGGCACGAACGAAUGGAACGAAAAACUAUUCGAUUGUUGUAACGAUGGAAAAAUUUGUUGUUAUGGAUGUUGUUGUACGCCUUGUUUAUUCGGUUCAAAUGCCAAGAAGAUCGAUGGGAAAAACUGCUUUUUGAUGUGUUGUUUAUACGGUCUAGCAGCUAACUUUUAUCUGUGUUGUGUUCCGCAUUAUUUCGAACGGCAAAAAUUACGUGAGAAAUAUAGUUUGAAAGAAGAUUCGUGUGGAGAUCUGCCAGCAACAAUCUGUUGUAGUCCGUGUGCUCUCUGUCAAGAAGCUCGUGAAAUGAAAUCAAGAGAUGAUGGACCCAGUGUUGCUCACAAGCCUAAUCAAAAUCAACCUGUCGUUAUACAACAACCAGCACGUGAAUGA